AUGGCGUCAUCUGUUUCAAUGCUGAAAAAGUCUGACAUGAUAAACAUAGUGGAAGACGAAAAGUUUGUACAAAUUUUCACAUCCGAUGAAAACACAGUGAAGUUGUCAGCUGAUAAACGGUCAGUGGAAAAUAUUUAUAUGGGGAAACCUGCAGGUGCUCUUGGAGUUCACUCAUAUUCGUCUGGCAUUCAUCGCAUCCGAACAAGGAUAAAUAAAUCGCUUCCAUUCUUAGGUAUUCGAUCAAAAAAUAUUCCGCCUGAACCAAGGCUUUACUCUGCCGGUUCAUACAUCCAUUCAGAUGCAACGUAUGGUUGGGUGAACUAUUUUCGUUAUCACAACGGCCUACAUUCAACAACUCCAUGGGAUUGCAGAUUUAACAGAGUUGGUCAUAUAUGGACAAUUACCUUGAAUUGUGACGAACACCGAUUACAUCUGUUGGAUGAAACCACUAAUGAAGAAGAUGAUAUAGUAGUUGACGUUGAUAAAGCACCUUUUCCUUGGUGCCUUUUUGUUGGUCUUCACCGAGCAACAGCUGGAAUAUUGCUAAUAUGA